AAAGAGAAUGAGCUCAUCCGAUUAGAGCGUAUUUUAUCCAUCAUCUCAGCUCCAGCCAGCGGCUUGAACCCAUCACAGCUCUGCGAAAUCAUUUGCGAUAAAGAAUUUUUGAGAAGUCUAAUCACACCCGACUCAUCCUCCGCACCCUCCAAAGCAGAGUCAGCAUUUAUCAGAGAAGGUGGUACAGAGUCCUUCCAACAAGGCGUUGAUCUUGCCUGUCAGUCUGAAACUGGUAUGUUGUCGAAUAGCGAAAGUGACCACAAGUGGCAAUCUUCUUUAGUAACGUCAAACGACUACCAAGAGUGUGUGACGGGGGUAACUUUUGGUAAUAGAGAAGAACCAAGCAAGGUAUCUUUGACAGCCAAAGAAGAAGCAGUACUUUACGGAGAAAAGGACUUAGAGCAAGACUCUCCGCACUCAGAUGAACAUGCUGCGAUGGGGAAUGCCGAUAGGGUACAUAAUACAGACCAAAUAUAG